UCCUGAAUAGUACUUAGCAUUGCCCCUUUUGCGGAGAUAUUUCAUUAUCGAUUUUAAUUGUAAACAUUAUUCAGCAUGUCAUUAUUCUGAGAGUCAUGCGUUUUGAACGGCACUGGAAAAUACACUACUGUACCUCUAUUGCCGGUAGCUUUAAAAUUUACGAGGAUGACCUGAAAGCAGCGUAGGAUCAGCUUCUGCUACGUCAGGCUUGACGUCACUGGAGGUGUGGUCCGGUUGUGAGCAAGAAGAACCUUCUCCACCCAGGAGUCAAGCAACGUUUAAUGAGUCACACGCAAGAGUGGCGUUCGCACAAGUGUGGCAGACGUCUCCAUCGCUGACCAUGGACCCAAGCGCCAGUGAACUCAAGCAGAGGUUGGCAGAGGCUGGCCAGUCUCACCUCCUGCUCUUCUGGGACGAGCUGAGCCCAGAGGAGCGGUCGGGCUUGACCCUCGAUCUGCAAGGAAUGGACUUCCAGGAGCUCAACGGCUUCUUCAAGAAGGCCGUGGAAUUGUCCCGCAGCUGCAAGGAUGAGAAGAUAGACAGCCGCAUGGAGCCCGUGCCGCAGGAGGUGCUGGGAAGCGUGACGAGGGACAAGGAGAGUCUGAAAUGCUGGGAGCAAACAGGUCUGGAGUGCAUCUCACAGGGUAAAGUAGCAGUCCUGCUGCUGGCAGGUGGUCAGGGAACCAGACUGGGGGUCUCCUACCCCAAAGGCAUGUACGACGUGGGGCUGCCCUCUCGCAAGACCCUCUUUCAAAUCCAGGCUGAGCGCCUUUUGAAGCUGCAAUGGCUGGCUGAGGAGAAGCACAGAAGAAAGUGCUUCAUUCCCUGGUACAUCAUGACCAGCGGCAGGACCAUGGAGUCCACCCAGGACUUCUUCUCACGCCAUAACUACUUUGGCUUGGACAAGGACAAUGUGGUCUUCUUCCAGCAGGGCAUGCUUCCAGCCAUGGACUUCCACGGCAAGAUCAUCCUGGAGAGCAAAUGCAAACUGUCCAUGGCUCCUGACGGCAAUGGGGGUCUGUACAGAGCACUGGGGAAGCACGGCAUCUUAGAGGACAUGGGGCGGCGGGGCAUUGACUUCAUCCACGUGUACUGUGUGGACAACAUCCUGGUCAAAGUGGCUGACCCAGCAUUUGUGGGCUUCUGUGUGCAGAAGAAUGCUGACUGCGGAGCUAAGGUGGUGGAGAAAAGCAAUCCGACGGAGGCAGUGGGGGUGGUGUGCAGGGUGAACGGCCAUUACCAGGUGGUGGAGUACAGCGAGAUCACCUUGGCCACGGCCCAAAAGCGAAGCGCUGAUGGACGGCUGAUGUUUAACGCCGGCAACGUGGCCAAUCACUUCUUCAGCUUCUCCUUUCUCAAAGACGUAGUAGAGAAGUAUGAACCACAGCUUCAGCACCAUGUGGCCCAGAAGAAGGUACCAUUUGUGGACGCCAAGGGUGAACUCAUCACACCAGAUAAACCAAAUGGAAUUAAAAUGGAAAAGUUUGUCUUUGACAUCUUCCACUUUGCCAAGACGUUUGUGGUGUACGAGGUGCUGAGGGAGGAUGAGUUCUCCCCUCUGAAGAACGCCGACCGCCAAGAUGGGAAGGACACGCCCACCACUGCCAGACACGCACUCAUGUCCCUCCACCACCGCUGGGUGCUGAACGCCGGGGGCCACUUCAUCGACGGGAACGGCACACGCGUACCCGCCAUACCCAGUGUUUCCAGAUGUGGAGCAGCAGGCGGUGUCGCAGAUGAUGGCAACAGAACCCUCAAGGAUGGAACAGACCUGCCAAUCAAAUGUGAGAUCUCCCCACUGGUGUCCUAUGGGGGGGAGGGUAUCGAAGUGUUGGUGAAGGAGCGAGAGUUUCAUCCGACACUGAUCAUCGACGAGAGCGGCGUCCACCAGCUGGUGAAGAACGGCCUGGAAGACGAGGAAGAGGGAAAAGUUCUCUUUGGCCAACUGUGAUGCUAUCAAUGUGCUAAAUGUGCGUGGAAUGCAAGAUGGCGUCUUUUGGCCAGCGUCCUUUAGGGAGGACAUGAAGGACAAAAAGAGAGACCGGGUCUGUGGGUCUCUGGACUUAUUUUUCUAUCGCUAAUUGAUGGCAUUCAUAGCUUCAAUUCUUUAAGGUCAUGAAGGUAAGCAUCAUGAAGUGUACACUCUUCCAACUUGAUUCCUACCUUAACACAUUAGCAGCAGUGCCAUCCCAACACCGUACUUGGCGCUCAUGCCAGGUCUUUCUCUCUGGAUGUGAGUACCGCGUAAAACAUAAUCAUGAACGUCACUUCCUGCUUCAUAAAACACAGUAAACAUGGUAAACAUCACAGCAACACCUCCUCACCACGUGAUGCAAACACCAUCAAAUACUCACAACUUCUAAAUUCAGCUUUAAUGAUGGGGGCCAAGUGUCAUUUAAGUGUUCUAAUAAAUCUGUCUUUACACUUCA